UCGAGAUGGAUUGACUUUUAUAAACAACAACGUGCAGGAGAAUUUUAGGUCUGAGAUGAGGAAGUGUAGAGGAAGCCGGGCGCUGGAUGUCGGGUUGGCGAUCUUCUUCGCGCUCAACGUGCCCCUCGUCCUGUUUCUGGACUCCACGGCCGUACUGCCCAUGUCUUGCUUCCCGGCCGCGAUCCAGGCGCUCGUCCGGUGGCACAUCCGUACGUCCGGUGACUACCUCAUGCGCGACAAGCCCCCAUUCUUCCUUGGCCUUGUGUUCUGCGAGAUCUUCGUGCAGCUCCCACUCUACAUUGCCAACGCCAUUGCCUUCUACUACGGAAAGCCUUGGGGGAGAACCACGGGCAUUAUCUAUGGAGUUCACACAGCCACAACAAUGAUACCAAUCUUGUUCGAUAUUCUGUGCUCUCAAGCCCCAACGAAGUUCCAGCUCUUCAGCAUUUACGUGCCCUACCUCAUCAUCCCGUUGAUUGUGCUAGCGCGCCUCAUGCCCUACACGUAUCCCUUCGCCAAGAAGCGGAUCGAGUGAUUUCUUCAAAAACCAUGAAUACCAAAAACCCUAAUUUGUU